GAUUCCCAAUCAGUAUCGGUUCGGGAUUCCACCCCAGCCUCAGGGAUACAGACCCCCUGUAAACAACUCCAAACCAUUGGACACUGAUGUCUCUAUGCGAACAGCAACAAGACAGUACAUGUUAAAUGAACCUGAAGGUAAUAAUAACCUUUUCUAUAACUAUGAACUUGCGGAAACUUACUGUCAUCCAAAUGAAGGAGAUUAUGAAGCAUAUUACGAUCUGUAUGAAGAGCCGACCAGCUCGGAAACAACCAAAAACUACCCCGGAUUUUCACGAGCCGGCCGCACCCAACAACCCGAGAUAGUAAAUCUUAAUUGUGAUAGCUUAUUAAAAUUACCACACAUCAACUUACCUGAGAUAAAUGCUCGUUUUAUGAUAGACACGGGAAGCACUCGAUCGUUUAUCAGCCCAAGGAAAGUUGACGAGUUCUUCGCCAACUAUAAGUUCUUCGAACCCUUCGAGGUUGUAAGCACUCACGCUCGUAGCAGACACGACGAAGUCAUCGUCAUACCCCUUCUGAAAACUUUUAAGAGCAUGUUACAACAUAAGUUUUAUGUUUAUGACGUCGAUAAUCGCUACGAUGGCUUGAUCGGUUCCGACCUUCUAAAACAACUAGGCGCCACAAUCGAUAUGCAGAAUCAAGUUCUCCGAACGAAAAAUGUAGAAAUACCAAUAAUAUAUAACCCACCAUAUGAAGUGCAGCUUCAACCACGUACUGAAACACGCGUGACGAUUCCUGCGGACCUGAAAGAUGGAGAAGCGAUUAUUAAUUUCGUAGAUUUCGGUAAAGACGAUACUGAAUCCAUGCAGGUGAAUGUAGACGAAUCUGAAAGACGAUUACAUUCUUACUUGGAUGAUGUGGUCUCUGAAAUUGAAAGGUUAAGUAACGCGCAACCAAAUCGGAAAGACGAAGUAAUAUCAAUAAGCAGUGGAGAGAAAGAAGAAACAACAAAGCAUGAGUUAGAAACUGAGUACCCUAUAUUAUCGCCUUCUGAAAGCACCAUUACAAUACCAGAAGGAACGAUGAGUAACAUGUCUCUAUCACAAACUGUUCAUUCGGCACCAGACAUGGACACAAAUGGCAUACCUAUUCUAAACGAAGCCAUAGACUCUAAACCUAAUCAGAUAUCCAUGGAGGAUACCUGUGUGGCGGACUUAAUGAAGUUUACUAUGAAUAUUACCACCUGUUAUCCUAUCCUGGUGGAAGUGAAGACAAUUAAAGUAGAGCCCAUACAACCUAAUCGAUGGAUUCUCUACUCUAAAGCCAACAUCCUUUUGGAGACACGCUGUGGAAGUGAGAUGAGCAGAAUCUACAUCAGAGCAGCAGCAUCGCCCUGGAAGCCUAUCAACUUGGAUGAGGUCGACCUGCGACAUCUCCAAGUGUUGUCGUACGCCUUAAAAAAAGCUGACAGUGUUGUGCUAAGUGAAAGUGAUAAAAGUGUAUUGAAGAGGCUGGAGCCUAAACUAGGAUAA